UACAGCAGAGGAAUGAAGCUAGGACUCUUUGCCGUGCAUUGCGUUGGUAUUUUCCUCAGCUAAGAGGAUCGGAAAGUUUCCUCCUGUGGGCUUGCAUCAUGGAGGCUAGCAGUCAAUCCAGCAGUCAGCAACUUCUGUGGAAAGAUGUGGAGGCAGAAAAACAGAGGAAGACCAGAUUUCACAACUACCACUGGGUGGCUCUGGUGCUGGCUGUGGUGUUUCUGGUUCUGGCCGUCUGCAUCUUCAGUCUGAUGUAUCUGUGGGGCCCCAGCUUGGGAAAGGUGUAUGACCAUGAGUACAAAGCUGUGGUGGAUGGCGUAGAGACGAACAGCGUGAUGGAGAUUGACCCAGCUGACCUCACUGAGAUCUUCAGAAUGGGGAACGGCAGUAAGGAGGUUGUGGAGGUGCACGACUUUAAGAAUGGGAUCACUGGGAUACGGUUUGCCGAACAUCAGAGGUGCUACAUCAGGACCCAAACGAAGAAACUACCCACAGUGGCCGAGGCGGAGGCUGACGACGGGGAAAGGAUGGUUGACGAGGCCGAGGCCGUGCAGGUGGAGGACUCCCGAGUGUGGGUUCCUGCCGAGGAGCCCGUCGUUAACCCGGACUUCCUGCUUGACUCCAAGAUCUGGGAGAUUUGCCAGCAGAUGCCCAUCCACUGGAUCCAUCCCUCCCCCAUGACUGACGCCGAGGCUCAGGACGUGGACACGCCCGACGCAGAGGUCACAGGUCAGCGUUUCACCCGGGACGUCCUGGACCACGUUCCAGUGAACGAUUACAGGGACGUCGGGAUCGAGCUGGAUAGCCGUCUGGACGACCGCGGCUACUGCUGCCAGUACUGCCGCCGCGGCUACCGCUUCUGCCGCCGCUACUUCGAGCCCCUGGGCGGCUUCAACCCGUGGCCGUACUACUACCAAGGAGGCCGGGUCAUCUGCCAGGUCGUGAUGCCGUGCGACUGGUGGAUCGCGCGCAUGCUGGGGAGGAUCUGAAGCUGAAUUUAAAUGGUUUCUGGAUCUGAAAUAAAUCUGAGAAAUAUUCCAGACCUCAUUUGUCCAAAGAGAGCAUUUCGUAUUCAUUGAUUAUAUUCUCAAAGGCAUCAUUAACUGCCUCAUGUUGUAUACUAGCGAAUGAAAUCAAUGCUCUUUCACUUUUACUUCAUGUUCUACUAAAUCUGUUUGCACAUGUACAGUGCUUUAAAGGGGCAGUAUUAUGUGUUUUCUAGGCAUAAUACAGUAACAAUGUUACUGUCAGUCGUUAUAAAAAUUAUGUAUAGAUCAAAUAUCACUUAAAAAAAAUGUUGCUUCCUGGUUUAAUGCCUUCAAAUUGGGCCUCUGUCUCUUUAAGAACCCUUUU